AUGGAUAUACUCGAAACUCUGUUUGGGAGGACUGUCACCCCAGCUGAGAGGCUUCGCCAGCAUCAGCGAUCCCUCGCAAAGGCGCAGCGCGAAUUGGACCGUGAACGUGGAAAGCUCGAACAGCAAGAAAAGAAACUUAUAAUGGACAUCAAACGAAGUGCCAAGUCCGGCCAAAUGAAUGCCUGCAAAGUGAUGGCCAAGGAUCUCGUUCGAACUCGACGAUAUGUUCAAAAGUUCUAUCAGAUGAGAACACAACUUCAAGCAGUCAGUCUUCGCAUACAGACCCUGCGCAGCAAUCAGCAAAUGGCGGAAGCCAUGCGCGGAGCAACUCGAGCUAUGGGAGCAAUGAACAAAGGAUUGAAUCUACCCUCCAUUCAACGCAUUAUGAACGAGUUUGAGAAGGAAAGUGCCACGAUGGACAUGAAAGAAGAGAUGAUGUCGGAUGCAGUAGACGACGUUAUGAACGAUGAAGUUGAAGACGAAGAAGAGGAGGGCGACAAGAUUUUGAAGGAAGUCCUGGAUGAGAUCGGCGUCGACUUAUCACAACAGCUUGUUGAGGCCCCUGCUGGAUCUCUCACCUCUCCACUGGCAAACACGAGACAAGCAGUUGCCUUAGGAGAGUCUGAUGGUCCCGCAUUUCCAAGUGGGAAGGGUGGUAGCGAAGAUAAGGGUACGGGAGGUGGUGGCGGCGGAGGCUUGUCGGAUGAAGACGCUCUGCAAGCUCGACUAGAUGCUCUUAGACGGGGAUGAUAGACAAUGUAUUGAUCAGGCUGUAUUAAUAUCAGAUCGUU